AUGGCGGCUCCAGCAAGCAAGCAGCGCCCCUUCCCAUCGCCUACUCAGCAGGCCGUCUCCCACUCGGAGCAACACCAGAGGAACAAUUCGGGGCGCUUCAGCUUCCUCUCCGACAAAGGACGCAAGAAUAGCGUCACCAACAAGAUCGACUUGCACGAAACGCACGCUGAAAAGGAUUCUAGACGCCUCCACAGCAAAGCCGAUCCCACGCUGGCAAUGAACGAGGCGGAGCCAUCUGUCGAAGCUGUGAUGACAGCGUCAUCACUCUCUCCACUGCGCUCCAUUCAACAUAAAGAUGCCUAUGGAAACGUAAUUGGUACGUCCGAUCCUGAUUUGUCCAACCCUACUCGCAACCGCUGGGAGCGCCCUCUUGAUACCAUCCGAAGCUUUGAAGCGGCGAUUGAAGGCGAUUAUGCGCGACGGUCCAUGUAUCGUUCAGACACGGACCCUUCAGCAAACUUUAGCCGUCGAAACAGCUACUAUAGACCAAACCAACCACGAUUUCCUCAAGAUAGCUACUAUGGCAGUCGUGCGGCCUCUUUCCGAGAAGGUAGCCAGUAUGAAGCGCCCGGUCUAGCUUCAGGGAGGAACAGCUAUUAUGACAAUCAAAACUACAACAAUAACAAUGGAGGUUACUACACCACGAGCGCAGGUCCUAGCGGCUACAACAGAAACCAGGGGGGUUAUGGACGACCAUCGCGCGAGCGCGCACCAAAGAUGCCCUCCGACUCCCAUCUUCGAUCCUACGGUCGAGAGCAAAACGUCUAUCCCUUGCCUCAUAAGGAUCGCUCAUACGAGACAGUGACAUCCGCAGCUGCCAGCGGCAAUUCCGACCCUGCAGGCUAUCAGACCGACCCUACUAGCAGCGAUAACAGCUCGAUUCAUCGGACCUCUCCAGCUAAGCGCGUUAACGAGCGUGUAAACGAGCGUGUAAACGACUAUGGUAUCGCAUUCAGCCAGUCCCAGUCUUACAAGGCUCCGGCUCUGACGGUGAACUUGACGCCUCCUUCAAACGGCAAUAACCUACCAACACCUCCAAACGCGAGCUACCAAAAUCCCCUCCCAACCAUACCAAGAAAGCAGGUGUCAACGCUUAAGAGGCAAGUUUCUACGACACCGUCGGGAGGAGAAAAGCGAAAGAGCUGGUUUGCCCGCCGUUUCAGCAAAAAUUCUUAA